GGUCAACCGCCCGCGCAGACGCAUAAAUACCCGCCGUAUACAUUCCAUCUCGCCUAUCCCCUCUCUAUCGCCAACCUCCACCACCUUUUCCCGUUCAUCGUCUUACAUUCUACCCGCUUCCCCUAACUAUCAUGCAUUUCUACAGUACCAUUAUCGCUCUCACCGCUCUCGCUGCCAGCGUCAGAGCCCUACCACCUCGCAGAGUCACGUCGCGCAAUGCAAUCGGUAACGUCAUGACAGGUACAGGCGGGCUAGCACCUGGCGGGUCGAUCAACGGUGCAAGCGAAAACUGCACAGACCCCUCAGUAGGCUUGUCGUCGGGGUUGGGGUUGGGGUGCUUACUAGGUGGUGGCAGUGUCGUAAACAUCGGAUCAAACAACGCCGGAGCAGGAGGGGUAGGAAGUUCAGGUUCAGCAGCCAUUCAAAGGGUUGGGUCAAAAAAGUUUAGAACAUCAAAGUUCAAGGGCAUGAAGGGCGUCCCCGCAGGGAACGUGUCCACUGGAAAUGGUGGACUAGCAUCAGGUGGAUCAGUUAACGGUGUCCCCGACGGUCUCAUCAACAUUGGCUCAAAUAAUGCAGGAAAUGGCGGGACGGGAACGAGCGGUGACGUACUGUGAGCGGUGAACAGUGGGAGGAAAUCUCCACAACCUAGACUUACGAAGCA